AGUAGGCCUCUGGAGGCACUGAAGAGUAGGUGACUAAAAUUAUCUGAAAAAUCCGUCAUUGGAGAAGUUUCCUGCUUUGAGAGCAUUUCAGAAAAAUAUCUGGAGGGGAAAGAAUCACUCAGGAAAACACCUCUUUUGAAUCAUUGGAUAUCCACGAGCACAAGGCAGCCAUUAUUGCUCAGAUUGGAAGGGAUAGGAGGAACUUGAAAAGCUGACGAUUUAAAAUGGUAUUUUAAAAGAAUAUCUAAAAUUUAACUGCGUCCAAGAAUAAUAGUGGAAAAAACGCCCAUUUACACCCAUUUCGAACAGCAGAUACACAGGUUUUGCUGCAUUUUUUUAUGACUUGUGUACCCUUAAGGUUGAAUUUGAACGACAGCUGGACCUAGUAUGAAUGACAGACACCGCCAUAAUUGGUUCGUGUGGGUAAUGUAUGAGUGAUGUAAUUAGAUGUGAAUGUAUGAAUUAUAUUUUCACUGAACGCAAUGUUCGUGACGUCCAUUUAUAGGACUGAAGAAGCCAUUCAAGCCCAUCUUCCGCGGGAAAUAGUACCUUACGAAUGCCGCCGUAAUAUAUACCGGAUCAUUAUCAUAAUUGCUAUCAUAAUUGGGACACCUGAAAACCAAACCUAAGCCUUAAUCAGCCCUAGAACACUUGUGAGUCAUAGACUGAUAACAAGAGUUAGACUUACAAAAACAAAAAGAGGAGGUUGUUUUGCUUAGCAAAAUACACUCGGGAACCAUACACAGUCAUCACCGAUGCUAUUGAGAGCAAGAAUAAUUUGUUAAUUGGAAUGAAAACUAAAGUUCGUGGAAAUACUGGGAAAGAACUGGUAUAUAGGUCUAAAGGAUGUGUAGUACGAAGAUGGGCAAAGGAGUUAGGGUAAAAAAGAAAAAUAAACUAGAAAUGUCAGAGAAUUUUACAUCAGUCCGUCUUGUGGCCCUUUCAUUUUUGAGCAGUCUACCCCCGUCAUGCUGCCCCAUCUCUCAAAAAGUGCCAAGGAUGGGUAUACUAGCCACACUUUUCUUCGUCUCUAGGCUAAACGGCUUUUGAUGACGUAUGAGCUUUCUCGAUUCCAACCACAUCCAGCUGUUUCAGGCGACUUCUGAGAUGUUCUCAUCAAAUUUCCAACUUGAUUCUUGGCGUUCCUCGGAAUAUCUUCAAGCUUAAGCUGUGCAAAAGCUUGAUGAGCUUACUAAGCGUCCUUUCCUAGGAUCGUCAUCAGCUUCGAGACAUCUGCGCAAGAUUACUUGAGCCACAAAAAAAAAAAAAAAAAAAAAAUGGCGCUCUCCAGUUGUAGCGAGACACGCUUUUUUACUUUACCAUCAUUUGUAGCCCAUUUCCGUCACACCUCUUUAUGACUGAAUAGAGAGAGAGAGAGAGAGAGAGAGAGAGAGAGAGAGAGAGAGAGAAAUAACGUAUCUCUCACAGGCGCGAACAGAAAGUCAAGGACUUACUAGUAGUUAGGUUUUAGACCUACGCUAAAAAAAAAAAAAUGUAAAAAUUAAUAACCGCUGAUACGAUGAAGAAAAAGGAACAAGAUUAAAAAAAUACUCGUGAAAAAUUGAAUAAAAUGAAUAAAAUUAAAAAAACGAAAGGUUAAAAUUAAAAUUAACGAAAGCUGAAUGCUAAUUUGGCCACCAUCUUAUGAUGCAAAUUAGCGUCUUGAAGCCGACACUGGAGAAGGAUUGUCAGUCACACCGGAGACUCCGUCCAGUGAAGAAACACCCGCACUCGCUACCUUAGACAAAGUUCCUCGUAUUAGGUCAGUAAGGAAUCAGCAGAGAAGGGAAACUAGUAGGACCCAUGUUGACCUUGACCCCAACGAGGCGAAGAUGCAGCGGUCUUGGAUGGAUGAUGAUCUUUGCCCUCGUCCUUGGAGUCGCCCUUCUAAACUUACGGUCAGUCUGGAUCCGGGAUCCCUACGGUCUCGUCGAAACCAGAGGACAGGAAAUGGAAAAGCCUAGCUCCCAGGGCAGCUUUGGAGUAGAUGAGCCUGCUACAGACGGAGCACCAGGGCCAGAGGAAAGCAACAGCACCCUGGCUACUGCUGGCGUCAAAGAAGAGACGACGCUGCAAGACAUCUCCUUGACCAAACAAGACGAGAAUAUCGACAAACCAGCUGGGUGCAAAGUACCCGCCCUGCUGAGCUCGAAGCAGUUUUUCCAGCACCUGGGACGAAGGGAAUACAAGUGCGCUAAUUUCAAAGCCUUUGGGGUGGGAGACGGCAGGAAGGGCGUCUGCCUUGACUCCCGCUUCGGACUCACCCCGGGGGACUGUCGCGUCCUGUCCUUCGGAAUCUGCCAUGAGUGGUCCUUCGACGACGCCAUGGCCGAGUUCGGAUGUAAGGUAUACGCAUUUGACCCCACCAAUGGCCUGCCGGACCACCAGAGGUCACCGAAUGUCCGCUUCUAUAGUCUGGGCAUCGGGUAUGUCAAGCACACCAAAAGCUUUCUUGGCGGGAAGAAAGGACGCUUCAAGAUCGACCGUUACGAGAACAUCCUGAAGAAGCUGGGAAUGUCGAACUCCACCGUCGACUACCUGAAGAUGGACGUCGAGAAAGCCGAGUUGGGCUUCUUCCGCGACGUCUUCGCCACUUCGCCCAAACUGCUCGACAACGUUCGACAGAUCGGCAUGGAAUUGCACCAUACCAAAACCAAACUGUCGAAGCAGAGGCAGUUCUGGAAGUACGCCCACAUGCUCAAAUGCCGCGGCUUCAAACUCAUGGGGGCGCGGAGGGCUCGGGGAAGGACAGAGGCGGUUUGGGGACGCCCUUAAGGGAAGAGAAGGAGGACCCAUGAAAAAAAAAAUAUCUAGGAACAAAGACAGUGAAAUGUCCUGUAGCACUAAAGUGUGGAUGUUUUGCAUAAUCAUGGCGUUCGAUUUGGCAAGGAAAACAUACAAGGCUUUAUAAAAAAAAAUAAAUUAUGCUAAAUUUUACGUGUAAAGUAACUUUACUUCCAAACUGCAAGGCUUUAUAAAAAAUAUAUGCCAAAUUUCACGUGUAAAGUAACUUUACUUUCACAACAAGAGCGUAUUCGUAGUACGGUUUGCAUACCUAAGAGUUGAUGGUACAAUUGAUAUGUUUUAAUAUGGAAUUCUUCCUUACGUUAGCCAUUGACGUAAUGCUCUCGUCCUGUAGGUCAAAGAACUAUCUUCAAAAAUUUAUAAAAAUGGAAGAGUACUGUGUUAAUAAUUGUAAUUAUAGGUUAUUGUAUGUUUAAUGUACUAUUUCAUACAAAAAAAGCUCUUAUGAGCACUUUCCAGUUGUUAUACGUUGGAUUUUAUCAGGUUUUAUUAUAAACGCCAACUUGGUUUGUCCAUAUUUUGGACAGUGGUGGUACUAUACAUGGCUUUAUAAGUUUUGUGAGUUUUCCAAUUUUUAUUUGAAUUAAUCAAAUGACACGUAAAGAUGGCGUGAAAUGUUCAAUGUGGAAUAGUUUUAGUUUCUUAUAAGCGUUCUCUACCACGUCUUGGCGUCUCCAUUUACUUGUGAUAUCGCAAAAUAACCUGCGUGUCUACUUAUUUGUGUCGUAGGUAAAGAUGAAUCUUGUUAUUGUAGUUUACCAUAAAAUUUAUAUCCGUUUUCUCUUUUCAUUCAGUUGGGAUAUUUAGAAAUAAACUAUUGUAAAUUUAUUCUGCCGUUUGUUGCCAUCGGAUUUGUUUUUAUUAUUUAUUUUUUGGAUUUGUUUACCAGUUAUAGACUCAUGUAUGAUUAUAUUGUAAUGUUAAAAUGCUGUGGUUGGUUAAAUCUACGUUAUUAAUGAGGUGAGAUGAGGUA